AUGGCGCGCUUGAACGAACCGCCCGUCGCGCCUGCUGCUGCGAACAUUGCGGCCGGCACUUCCACUGAGAGCAUCGACGCCUUAAAACGCAGAUUCAUCCGCCAGAAUCGAGAACUCGCCAAGAACAACUCCUCCCAAUCGCUGCGCAUCCGAAGUUUGGAGUUGGAAGUCAGCAAGCUACUUGCGGAUAACCUGGGUUUGAGGGAACAGAAUCUCGCACUGCAGAAUGAAGUCCACAAUGCGCGGAAACAGGCGUCGAGCAUGGCGGUCAGGAGGAUGAAGUGUGAUUUACGAGAGAAGCUCGCGGAGUUGAGCGGGCUGAUUGAUGGGUUGGAUGAAGAGGAGGUGACUGAGGAGAGAAGUUCGGUGGAGAAGGAGAGGAUACUGAGUCCCAGUCAACGCCAGUAUCGCGAACGACAGCCGCUGGCCGAGCUGAUGCAGGAGACUGUGAUGCCGACUAUUGCAGAGGAUAAACAGUAUCCGCGAAGGACAUUGGGAGCCGAUGAGAUUCGCGCAAUCAGGUUGUCAGACCAGAGUGGUGCCAGUGGAAGUCCUGAUAUUGGUCCUCCGCCUGUUGCCCAUUUCGACUGCGAAGACCCUGCCAAAACAGAUGGAAGUCAGGCACCGCCUCAGACUUCACCCAAGCCGGCCGAGGAAGAACUGCUGCCGUCCAUCAAUCUCGAUACCAGGAGAAGGAGGCGAGAUUCGCAUUCGAAAUUGGAAAUCAGACGGCAUUCCAUUCUGGCACAAUCACCGGUCAAGUCGGAAGGAGAUGCUGUUACAACGACAAUGCUCAGAACGGGGGCGAAAAGAAAGUUGGCAGACAGGGAGACCGAGAAGCCUAUCAAACCACCCAGCAAAGGAGACUUCACGUUCAGCAGGAGAGCUUCCACAACUCAGACCAGUUCAGACGAGGAGAAGGCCCCAGUGAAAGAUGAUAUCAAAGCGCAGGGAGAAGUGAAUGAUGAACGGCCAGUCUCUCCAGCGAAACCAGCGAGAAAGGUCUUGGGUGAGAAGAGCGUCAAUACAUCUCCCAAGAAACGAAUCGCACGAACCGACAAACCUCCCAAGGACGACCUGGAGAAACCAGCACCAAGACUCAACGCACCCAAAGAACGACCGCCAUCCCGCAGCCGCAGAAUCUCAGCGAUCCCCCUCCCCUCCCCACCAGCAGAAGAAAUCGCUCCAACAAUCGAACUCCGACCACCCGAACCCUCCACCACCGAACAACUCCAACCCUACACCCCGGCCUUAGCAGACGACAUCUUCUCCCCAACCUCCGAAGAACCCUUAGGAGGAGGAGCCUGCGACACACCACCACCGGGCGACCUCAGCUCCCUGAGCAACACCACCGAAUCCGGGCAGCGUCCCUCCCGCCGCGCCCGCUCAGCAGUCAACUACGCGGAACCCAGCCUCAUCGCCAAAAUGCGCCGUCCAGGCAAACAAAUGGUCGACGCCGUCACCGGCCUGCAAGACCCCAAGCGGGCUAUGAACCCCAAGGACCAGCAGCAGCUGCGUGACAGGAAGAGCACCUCGGCUCCACAGUCCGUGAGCGUGAAGAAAGAACCCGUGGACGACGAUGACGACGAAGUCGGAGAUUGUAAAACAUCAAAAGACGAAAACGAAACCCCCCAGCUCGUCGUCGUCGGCGAGGGAAGUCCCCUCCGUUCGAAAUCCACAGACUCCCAUCCCCCAGCUACACAGACCACAGAGGAAGCUUCCGCACCAGCGCCUACGCAAAGACGAGCUCCUUCUUCCACAUCCUCAUCCUCCACAACGCGAAAACGCCGCGAAACAGCCUCAGUCUCCUUCCUCCCGCCAGGGCCGCCACGGACAGAAACAGAGGACGCCGCGAAGAAAAUGGAGGAGCUGGAUCUCUAUGAUUUCAAGUCUUCGUCUCCGCCGCCGCCUUCGGAGGAGGGGCUUGUUGAGGAGGCUGGGAAGGGUGUUGGGGUGUCAGUGGGUAAGGGGCAGAGGAGGCAUUCGAUGGCGCCGAGGAAGGAGGUGGGUGUGAGUAGGACGUCGACGGCUGCGGCGGUGGGUGGGAAUGCGAGUGGCAGUGGGAGUGGGAGGGCUGCGAGUCGGAGGCGGAGUAUGAUGUUGUGA